CAUGCUGUCUAGGGGAACAGGUGCAAAGGCAGCGUGCCCGAGGUUGCGUUGGGGAAAGGAAUUGUCCCGGAGCUGCGAACCCGGCGGUGGGCCACGGGGCCCUUGCUGGAGCGGCGCGGCUGUACUCUAGCAGCAAAGAUGCCGGCUCGAAAUGUGGUGGCCGGCAGGUCGCGGCGGGGUGUUCGGCCCCUGUGGGCAAGGAGGUGGGGUGCAAGGAUGUCCCGAGGCUAUGGAGGAAGGCGCUGGGCGAGGUCUUCAGUACGGCGGAUGCGCUCCGCUAGCAUGGGGAGGUUGCAGGAUGGUCGGCCGCCUUUAGGGAUGAGACGAGCUAUGGAGCCCGCAGUACCCCCUGGGGUGAACAAGGCCUUUGGGACACCUAGGACUGCAGGCUCGGUUGAGGCAGCAAUGAACCCCGGAGCAGUGUGGGUGAACGGGGCUGUGGGCGAGCCAGAGGUGAUUGGGCCUGCUGGGUCUGUGUGGGUGACUAGAUCUGGGCAGGAGGAGCCAGAAGAUAGUAGUCCACCAAGCUGUGAGAGAAAAGGUCGACCAGGAACACUUGGCCACGAGAGCAUCCUGGAACUGUGGUUGAAGGUACAGGCUAUGAGGGUAGCUUCAGGAUGCUGGGAAGGAAGCAGAGUGGAACUCCAUCCUGUUCCUGCAGGAGAGUGGCUAGUCGAAAAGGGUGUUCCUGGGAGAGCUUCCUGGAUAGAGACCAGCCGAGAUGGUGUCACAGGACCCUGGGUGAGAGGACAUACCAGGGCAUUCCCUCGCGCCUCAGGACUACCCUCAGCUAGGGGAAUAGGGGCAGGUUGUGAGAGACCCUCCAUCUUCUGUAGGCAGGGACAAGCUGGAAAGCCGCCUACUGCUGUGGGUGGACCUGGAGUAGUGGAGAAGAUAGGCAGUGCUGCCUCGGGCCCUUGGAAAGACAGACAGACUGUGGGGGUGCCUGUGGCCAUAGAAUGGUCUGAGGCUGUGAAAACGUCCAGAGCUGGAGAUGUGAUGGAAUGUGGAGGCGUACAACAGGGAGGGCAGUCUGUGCAGGUUUCUGGGGCUCUAGCAGAAGAAGCUGUAUAUGGGCCUAUGUUAUGGGGAAGAGGGCAAAUUGUAGGGCCCCCUGAUGCCUUGAUGGUCUUACCCAGGACCGUGGAAGAUGAAAUUUCCUCCCAGGGAGCCACAGGGUUGUGGCAAAGAAGACAAGAGAUGGAGGAUAAAGGUUCUAGGGGUAUUCCUGGCCUCAGGGCCAUGGGGCAGUCUGUAGGAGUGCCUUGUGCUAGAGUAGAGGGAGCUAGAUGUGGAGGUGACCCAGGGUCCUGGGGAGCUGCACAGGCUGCAGAGCUGUCUGCUUCUGAGGAGCAAGAGGCAGGUUCUCGAGGUGCCCAGGGCCUGUGGGGUAUAGAACAGGCAAUGGGAGCACCCAGAGCUUUGGGCAAGGAGGCAGAUGAUGCGAGUGUUCCAGGACUAUGGGGAACAGGCCAGCUGCCAGGCUUGCAGACUGUGGUGCUGUCAGGAGACAGGGGAGAAGAAACCAGCUAUGAUGUUUCAGGCCUGUGGGAGAGGCAGCCAGCUCUGGGGACUCCUCUGGCUGAGGCAUUACCAGGGCCAGUUAUGGAAGAGACACACGGUGGGAGUCUCCUAAGCCUGUGGGAAAGAGAGCAGGUCAUGAGAGAGCAAGAGGCUCAGGGGCCUGCAGCUUUAGGGGUAGCCGGGGCUAUGGAUCAGGGUGACAGUUGUGGAGCUCUCUUGUGUCCUUGUGGGAGGGGACGGGCUGUUGUGAUGCCAAAACACACGUGUGCCCCAGAAAGAGUACCCUCAACUCUGGGUAUACCUGAUGCCUUGUGGGUGUGUCAGGAGAGCAGCUCUGCAGAUGCCUUGAACCUGCGAGAAAGGGCUCAUGCUGCCUUUGGGAGGCCUGUGGCUCCUGAGGAGUGCUUCUCUGUAGUGGAGGAUGCUGAGUCUGGGCCUCUCUCAGGUUUAUGGGGAAGGAGACAAGCUGUUGGGGUUCCUAUGGCUCCUGAGAUACCUGGUUCUCUGGAGACAGAGGCUGGUUCCAGAGGUUUCUUAGGCUUGUCAGGGAGGAGUGUAGGUAUACCUGUGACUGCGGAGGUAUCCCCUGCUGGUGUGGGCAUGGCUUCCAGGACAUCUAGUUCUGUGUGGGAGUAUAUUAACUCUAGGAGAGUCUCAGAGUCAGUGGAAGGCAAGGCACCUACAGGGAUAUCUGUGACUGUCGGGCUCCCUGAGGCCAUGGGGGAUGAGACACUAGCUGAGGGUUUACAAAGAAGACAGUCUGCCUCGAUGCCUGUAGCUACUAGAAUUGCCACAGCUGUGGGAGAGCCCCCAGCUUCUGGGCUCUUUGGGCCUUACAGGGUAGUGGAUAGUGCCUGUGGAGAAAGCUCGGGGGCAUGGCAAAGAAGACUCAGAACUGAUUUGUCCACUGCUGCCAGAGUUCCUAAACUUGAGAUGGAAGCAGGCUCUGACAGUGUCUCUGAUCUGUGGAGGAGACAGUGUGGGACAGUUCCUGAGGUCGUGAGAGCAGCACUUCAUCAGGGGAUGCUUGCAGCUGCUGGGGUUCCCGUGGUUGGAGGUGUACCUGCUGCAGUGUGGGUGACUGGCUCCCCCGGAGAGGAGGCCAAUGGAGGUGUCUCUGACCUGACAGUGGUUAGGAGACAGUCCACUGAGGGAAGAAGGGCAUCAGGGGAGGAAACAGGGAGUAGAGGGAUCCUGGGACUUUCAGGGAGGGGCCAGACUGUGGGGAUGUCUUAUUCCCGUGAGCUUGGUGCCAGGAUGUGGGGCAGUCCAAGGUCUGUGGGGGAGGAAAUAACCUAUGAGAAUAUCCCUGGAGUAUCGGCAGUGAGAACACCUGUGCCCUCAGUUUCAAGGGAGGAAACAGGCCCUGGCCAUUUCAGAGAUAUUCUGCAGGGGAAUGGGGGCAGAGCCACAGGAGUAGCCCAUGAAGCUAGAGUGAGAGCGAAUGAUUUAGGAGAGAGGAGGGAGGGUGGAUUGAGGGGCACCUUCCAAUAG